AUGGGAAACAAUGUUUACACUUUUACCUUAUAUAUCAAGUUUCGAUUUUACAAGUCCUUUAACAAGAAUGCAUUGGUCUUUGAUCUCCCGAGUGAUAAGUGUACAGGAGGGCGCAACAUUCGGAGAUUUGAUGUGGUGCAUUAUCUAAGGGCACACCAAAACUGCGACAUUGAUUUCGACGGAAGCGGAGGGGACAUUGCGCAUUCUUGGCACACGGGUAAUAUGCACUUUGAUGACGAUGAAAACUUCAAGGCGAUUUACUCCCCAUCUGUUGAGGGAAUCUACCUCUUGCGAGUGGCCGUGCAUGAAAUUGGUCAUGUGCUCGGCCUAAACCACACCGAAAAGGAUUACUCGGUUAUGUAUGCAAUUUACAAUCAAGAUAGCAACGUUGAUAGUGAAUUCGAAUUGGGAUGGGAUGAUCGGAAAGAUGUUCAGAAAAUAUACGGUGUUUGUAGAGGUGCCUUCAAUACAGUGUUUGAUUGGGUUCGGAGACGACCAGAUAAUCGAUUUAUUUUCAAUACCUACUUCUUCAGAGGUAACCGUUACUGGAUGUACGAGAAUCAUGCAAAUCGAACACGAUACGGGGAUCCGCUCAUUAUUUCACGUGAGUGGAAAGGUGUGCCAAGCGAUAUUGAUGCAUAUGUACACAUCUGGUUCUACAACCAUCCCGGAAUUGUGGACGUCACCUAUUUCUUUAAAGGUGAACACUAUUAUAUGUACGAAAGCAUGGAGGCUAAAGUUCUUGACGGUUGGCCAAAGAAAAUCUCAGAAGGUUUUGGUCCUAAACCAAAUGGCACUGACCGUAUACCAAACAACGUGGACAGUGUCUUUUUUGACAUGAGAGACAGCAACAUAUAUUUCUUUAAAGGUGACAUGGUCUAUGUUUACAAUCCACGAGGAGAAGGUGCUCCUUCGAAGACCGGCUGUUGCGAGAGAAUUAGCAAAAUUACUGAUGAAUUUCCAGCUGCAAAAGGUGAACGUCCCCUUGAGGGUAAUCUUGAUGCCGUUUACUAUUCAUACAAGAAGCAAUCAAUGUAUUUUCUAAAAGGCGAGAACGUGUGGAGAAACAGUAACUUCAGCCGGCGACAAAGUCCACGAAAGAAUACGAUUCGUUAUGAGGGCAAAUGGUACAACCAUUGGUACGACAUAUGUGAUGUGAAGUCGGACACGUCUGCUACUAGCGGCAUGAUCAACUAUGCAGGCGAUUGAUUUGUGAUAGACGUAGGAGGCAAAUACCUGAGAUACAAGAUCUUAAAACGCAUACAUAUAAAUAUAUAUAUAUAUAUAUAUAUAUACACAUAUACAUGUGUGUAUAUAUAUAUAGACCAUAUACGUUUAUAUAUCUAUUUGUAUAAAUACGCAAUGUGUGUGUGUUUAUAUAUAUCUGUGUAUAUAUAAUGUAUAUAAAUAUGCAUAUAUAUGCAUGUAUGUAUGUACGUAUAUACACACAACAAAGACAUGAUGAACUAUUCAAACGGAAAAAUAGUGCAAAGCAUCCCAUGAGGAGACAAGGAAUACAAGAAAGCACCAGAUUUGGAAAGAGAAAGAGUCGCGGGGUGAGGAGAAGACAGAGAGAGAGAGUGUGAGUGAGUGAUGGCAAAAAAGCAGAGUGAAACAGCUGAACGAACAGACAAGGAAGGAGGGAGAGUAAAGAUUUUCAGAGUGUUUCGAAACCGGAACAGUUCCAAGGUGAACCAAAUUCUUUUCAGGAACAUUUUGGGGCAAAAAUUUCAAGUAUAAAUUAAUAUAUAUAUAUAUAUAUAUAUAUAUAUAUAUAUAUAUUAGAUUGCACUGAGUUUUUAAUUCACAAUCACACACACACACUAUAUAUAUAUAUAAAGUAUGCAUGCUAUGUGCCAGUGUACGUGUUUUGUCUGUUACUUUAUAUAUAUAUAUAUGCAUAUAUAUAUAUGCGUAUGUAUUGUUGUUAUUAUUAUUAUUAUUAAUUAAAUAAUAUAUUAUAGUCACAUAAUAGCCAAAGAAACAAGUGAUUUCAUAUCAGAGUUGGAGAACACACUCCAUCAAUCAUCAGAAACGGCUGAUGUUUGCUGAAUUAUAUCUCCAUCUUUGAUACGAAAUCAACUGGUAAGGCUACAAUGUGACAUUAAUAUAGUUUUACAUCAGUAAUGAUAAUACUAUGUAUGGUUGUGCGUAUGUGUGCAGUCAAACGUUAAAUUCAAGGGUCACUCAAUAUCUUUCAGCUCCAAAACGUAUUUACCUUAUGUUUCACAAGCUAAAAGUUUACAGUUGUUUCAAAGUUUCGACGACGUAGCCUGCAUUAUAUUAUCUAUUAAGUUGAAACUUGGAUCUAACUGCCAACUUUUCCCUUAUGAAAACGAUAUAUAUAUAUAUAUAUAUAUAUAUACACACAUAUACACACGCGAGUUAUUUGACUCUACGAACGAAGCCUGUUACAUUUAUAUUCCAGUAAUAUUUUACUGAUACAGAUCAAUAUUUUAUCUGGUCGUUAUAAUUCCUCUGAUUUUCCAAUCUUUAUAUUGUACCUCCCUUUCGCAUUUAUAUUGUUUUAUAAAAUGGGUCUAUCAUUUGAAUAUUUAUAAUUAUCACUUUAAAAAAAAAAAUUCUUGUCAAUUCAUAUUCUUUAAAAGCUAGAAUUUAUUAUAAUAAUGAUUAUUGAUAUUGUUGUUAUUGAAGUUACAUACAUGGCAGGAUAUAGAUCUGUAUGUAGGUAUAUGUGUGUGUGUGUGUGUGCGUGCAUGUGUUCACACCAUUAAGUGUAUGUAUGCGUGUAUUGUAUUUAAACAUAGGCAGAUACGUACAGAACAGUCUCAAGUAUUGAGAACUACUUCAAGCAUACGUAAAUUUGAUUGAUAUGUACAGAUAUACACACGCGCGCGCACACAUAUAUACAAUUAGAUGCCCCUUUGCUUUUACAUAUAUAAAGGAUUAUGUACAUAUAUAUAUAAUAAUAAUGAUUAUAUAUUUAUGUAUAUAUAUAUAUAUAUAUACACAUAAUGAUAUAUAUAUAUAUGAAUGUGUGCAUAUAUAUAUAUAUGAAAUCAUAAUUUAUUUAUUAAAUUAUCGAUAUAUUUUUGAACAGUGUAUUUCUUAAUACUGUAGGAGGCCAUUUUUAUAUGCAAAAAAAAAAAUUAUUGUAUACAUGUAUCAUGUGUGUUCGUCAAUGCAUGUCUCAGCUAAUAAACAGCCUGGCGCAAAAUUCACGUAGUUUUAACCAAUUAAAAAUAAUUAUUUAAAUAAAUAUAUCUUUACCAUAUUUGUGCAUGAUCCAGAAAAGUUUUUAAAAUGCGUUCAUUGCAGACUUUUCCCCCUCUAAUCACUAUAGGAUUUACACUGUUCCGGGAGAUGAUGCCUCUAUCACUCUUUCUCUGAAACAUUAUAUAUACACAGGUAUAUAUAUAUAUAUAUAUGUGUGUGUGUGUGUGUGUGUGCACUUGCUUGUGCGUUUUCUCCUCUCUGUAAGCAAAUAUGAAGGGAUAGCUUUUGUUGUUUCCGUCUCCCAAGUCCCAAGUUUUGGUAAUGACCUAAUUCCAUAUGGAGGUCUGAAAGAAAACAAAAAAAAAAAAAAUCAAUAUUUCGAUCGUUAUAUGUAAUGGUUAUUACAAAUAAAGAUACCAUCUCCAAGUAUAUUUUUUAAUAAUUUUAUCUCUAUUCGAAAUAUUGCAGGAGAAACUUUUCAAAAGUAAAGCACCAUUAUUAUUAUUAUCAUUACUACUACUACUACUACUACUAUUAUUAUUUGAGUUCAAAUCCCACCGAGGGCAACUUUGACUUUUAUCCCUCCGAGGAAGACUUGGCUUGUCAUCAUUUCGGAGUCCUUGCGCACCGGGGUCGAUGUAUUCGACUAUCCUCCUUUCCCAAAAAUUUCAGGCCUUGUGCCAACAGUAGAAAGGAUUACUAUUAUUAUUAUUAUUUAUUUUUUUCUGUAAAAUAUAUUAAUUGUUUGCCCCUUUAAAUGAGGGACAUCUGAUAUUCAUUCUUUUCGAAAUAUUAUUCGAUAUUAUGCCAAAUCGAUUAGCCAUUGUAUAUAUGUAAGAAAACUACAAAUACCGAACAGCUUCCUUUAUAUCAACAUCAACCGCAAUCUAAAAGAAUGUUAAUAAGGAUAGUAACAAGGAUAUGACUCGGUUAUAAAGCAACUUAUUUAUUAAAACACGUAUUAUUCUAAAAACAAGUAAAAGAAAUUCGGCUAUUACCCAUUUUUUUCUGCCAAAAGAAUUUUGACUUCUGUACCUUUUAGGAAUAAUAAUAAUAAUAAUGUUAACCACAUGUCGCGAUCCACUCAAAGAUGAAUGAAUAAUGUCGGAAUUUAAAUGGAAUUGAAUAAAACGAAACAAAAAAAAAAGAAAAUAUGUGUAAAAAAAUAUAAAUAGAAUAAUAACAACGCAAAAAGUCCAAAAUUUAGAAUGAAAUUUAAAAUAACAAAAAAAAAAGCAACGGAAAAAACUAAAUGCGAAAGUAAAAUGUUAUACUUGCUGGCAUGGAAUAAUGCUAACACAGGCAAACACAAGCAAAGUGGAAUUUUAUCAUGUGCUAAA